AUGUCUUUCCCUCAGGAUGGCCGAGGCCGUCGCGGCGGAGCUGGCGCCGGUUUCAGCUCAACAGGCCGACGAACCGCUCUGGGCUACUACAUUCCCUUGGCUUUGACUGUUGGAGUUGCCGCCGUGAGCAUUGCUGCCUGGGUCUGGAGUGAACGACAUGAGGAUGACGAUGAUCACCCUGACGACGCAGAAGGCCACCACGCCCCACCACCCCCUGGUGCUAUUGGGGGUGAUUUCCCUCCACCUGCAUACGGCACAGGAAGCUAUGCAAGAGACAUAGGAACAGAUGCCGCACCUGGUGAUGCUCAAUACGACCCCAGCUUGAUGGCUCGCAUGCAGGGCGCAUUGCGCCGAACUCCCAGCCCCCAGCAGAUCUUCGAUGGCGCAAGUCGCAAAGUUGUCGCAGGCGUAACUGCCGCAGGUCAGUUUGUUGGCGGUGCACUCACAUCUAUACGUGAAGAAAACCGUGGUGACUUUGAAGACCACACGCGAUGGUCCGAAGAGGCCCAGUCCCGAGCUAAAGAGAGAGACGACCCAAAUACCUCGGUGCCCACAAUGAGUGGCGCGCUACCUGGCAGAGCGCCUGGUCAACAUUCAUUCGACAAAAAGAAGAAGACGGUUGUGAUUGUUGUAUCUUCUCUCACUCCCUCUGACUCUGAUGACUUUGCCUCGGAGCACGCCUCAAUUCUGUCUCAUCUCCCUGAACACGUGGACCAUGACACCUGUCGAAUCUUUGUUCUGAUCUAUGCCCCGAGCUUGAAGCAUGCCAUUGGCCAGGGCAACUCGUCACGCGCAGCACAAUCAAUUGCCUCAUCUUACUCUAAUAUUGCCACGGAGGAAGCUGCAUCCUCUGGUGAACUGGUCGGUGGUGACUUGGCCCGAGUAGAUCCUCACCAGGAGGAUGACCUCGAGGGCCAGACAUCCUUCUUCAGAACCCUGUACACUCAGGCCCAGGCACUCGUCGAAAAGGAAACCAUGAUCAUGCCCUUCAGUACAUCUACUGGCUAUGUUCAUCUCGUCCGUCACCUGUCCCCAGAUCUUGUCUAUGUACAGGAAUCAUUGACCGGAGAGAAGGGCGAUGCGGCUCAGCACAUCUCUGGCUGGGUCCGACAAGUCAUUGUUGUGGUUGGUGACGAGGGCGGCCGUGGUGGUUUAAUCGAUAGCGAUGACGAGUCUGCCCUUGCUGACAAAGGAGAGAAAUGGUGGCAAAAAGAAGGCACCACUGGCAUUGGUAAGCGAAUUGACGUGGUCGAUGUUCUUCGCGUUGGUGAUGACUGGCGACGCCGAGUGCGUGGCCUGGACUAA